AGCAGCAAGUGUUGAUAAGCAACGGAUGAAAGAAAACAGCAACUGGCUAAGAUUGGUUUCUUAACUAAAUAUUGUGAAGUUGAAAUAUAAUACGAUCGACAUGAACGCUCCACCUUUGAAUAAAAUUCCUGGCACAUCACAAGCCAAGCAACAAAAUAGCAAAGACCUUAAAACACUGAGCUACCAUGAACUGCUCGAAAUUAAAGACAGGCAAAGCCAUCUUUUGGCGUCCAAAAAUCGAUUACAAAUGCUACCAGACAAGGGAAGGCGCAUACGGGAGUCGUACGAAAAAUUGCUGGCCGAGAUUCACAGUCGAGACGAAGUGGAGGCAACCGCCAAGCUUCUUGGCGAGCUGAACAUUGCGUCCAAGGGCAAAAUAACGCUAAACAAUCUGGAGUGGCAAGGUCGCACUUCUGAUCCCGACUCAAACGCGUCCGAUCUGUUGGACAGCGACGAUGAGCAGGAAAUGGAUCCGUUACGCGUUAUCGCCCAGGGCUCAUUACAUCAGCGUCAGGUUAAAAUCUUACCGCCGCACGCUACUCUUAUCACACACGAAGAUCUGGCCGAGAUUGAGUCAUUUAGGCUCGAUUCAUUGGAUUCGUUUAGGACCGAUCAGAGCGCAUCGAGUAGCUGCAGUGGACAGGCGGAUGGCAGCAAUGCGGUCGCAGCUGAAAUAAUCGAAAUUGAUGUUGUCACAUUGGUUGGCAAGCCCCCGGCAACGAUGCUGGAACAACAUGCAUUGUAUCUCAUUGAGAAAACCGAAUUGCAAGCAACGGCUACAGAGCGAGAAAAAUUCAAACCAUUUCGAACAACAGUGUCCAAUGUGCACGAUCCUGCCAAGGAGCGUACGCGUAAAAAGGGCAAGCAUUGGGAAAACACAGCCGCAACGCCGCCACUCAUACAACACAAGCAGAUUCAGCUGGUACCGCUGGCUGAAUCAACUAGCCUGCAGCUCGACUACAUGCAGCGAGUGAAGGAGUUACGCAUUAAGCAGGCGGAGCAGCGAUUAGCUCGACAAACGGGCAUGCGCCUGCCUGAGGACUUCGUACUGAAGAGCAAGGCUUCAUUUCAAAAGUAUCGCAAUCCACAGGUGGAUUAUCUAAUUGAGGGCAAGCGAAGUGCCAGCGAAGAUAGUGAAGUCAUUGAUCCGACGAUAGCCCAGAAAAUCACCACUGGAAUUAGCUAUUCAGUUUAUGAGUGAUAUUUAUUCAAUUUUGAAGCCAAUCAGCAAUUAAACUACACAAAUUUAAAUUAAAAAUAAUGCUACAUUUA